GCGUGCUGAGUGAGUUGACGUUUGGUUUGCAGCGUUGACAGGGCGCUGGAAGAAUAGAGGAGCAAACACUGUCCAUCACCUUGGAUAUUUUACAAGAUGGACAAAAAGGAGCUGGAGUCAGUGAUAACUGAAGAGGGACCAGCUCAAGAGAGUACCAAUUCCAUGCCUAGCUGCUCUGCCUCAAUCGCAGGAGAACUUGGAGCUGUGGGGGGUGUCGGGUCAAAAGUGGAUGCUCUGCUCCAGGACGCAAUGCGGCUUAAAUUGGAGGGGAACACUUGCUACCGCGAGAAGCGCGUCCGUGCUGCCAUUGGACGAUAUCAUCGUGCGCUUCUCCUCCUGCGGGGAAUGGACUCUGAGGUGACAGCAGCGGUGAAGGGCUUCGGUCCCCAGGGGCCAGCUGUGACAUCCGAUCAGGAGGAGCUAUUGAGAAACACACAAGUGGAUUGUUAUAAUAACCUAGCAGCGUGCCUCCUGCAGAGGGAAUGUGUCGACUACACUCGGGUUCAGGAGUACAGCCUGCGGGUGCUACAGUGGCGACCAGGCGAUGUCAAAGCACUGUACCGAGCUGGAGUGGCCACACUGGAGCUGGGCGACGCACACAGUGCCCAGCACUACCUCACUCAGGCCAGCAGAGGGCAGCCUAAUGAUGCAAAUGUGAAGCGUUACUUGCGGCAGGCAGAGGAGAGGUUGACCAGUGACUACCAAAGGGAGAAAGCGUUAUACAUGGGCAUGUUUGCCAAGCAGAGAGGGGAGGCUGCUGCGGAUGUGUUGAAGACGGGGAGCAGGACAGCACAUGAACAAGUAUAAUGUGAAAGAGUUUUCAGUUCUGGCUGAGAAAAAGACAUGGGCUCAUGCCAAAAUUAAGGCAACAGUUAAUGGAAGAAAUGCUGGACAAGAGAAAACAGACUGUGGGUAUUGGAAGUUAGAAAUUAGAUAAUGAGAAGCUAUUUUCAAAAAUUUGGGGGGAGAGAGAGCUAAAAGAAAAAAAUGGAAACACAGAGAAAGUAAAGAAAGCAGAUAGUGACAGAAAGUGAAAAAGGAGCAAUGCAUAGCAUGAAGUGUCUCAUUAUUGUUUAUCUAAAAAACAUUUGAUGAAAACACUUCUGAGCUCAGGCCGUUUGUCUGAUUCUUCACUUCGGUUGAACUCCACCCAUGCGUCUCCA